AUGGAAUCCGUCGUUCAUCUCAUCAGCCAAAAGCUCACAGCGCACAUGCUCGAGCUGCUUAUACUCGGGAGCUGCGUGAGUCUUGUUCUUUGGCUCGUGGGAAGUGAGUUUGCUCGAUUGUCUGCGAGAAUACCAGGCUUGAAGGGACCCAGAGGAUGGCCGAUUGUAGGGAACUAUUUCGACAUCGUGAGUAACGCGGCGCUCCAGUACGAUUCCUGGGGGAAACAGUAUGGAGAUGUCUACCAAGUGCAGCUGGGAAGUACGACGGUCGUCAUCGUGAAUACUCCAACAGCUGCGAAAAACAUAUUCUUGACGAACUCUCACGCGCUAAGUUCGCGACCGGUGACUUACACGUUCCACAAGGUGGCCUCGACUACAGCAGGAUUGACGAUCGGAGCAUCGCCAUAUGACGACAGCCUCAAGCGGAAAAAGAAGGGAAUAGCCGCUGCACUGAAUCGUCCGUCGAUACAAACCUACGUACCAUAUUUCGACCAGGAGACGAGGGCAUUCAUCGAUGACUUGAUGACAUAUGGAAAGGCAGGGACCGUCACUAUUGAUCCGUUACCUAUGAUCCAGCGCCUCAGUUUAUCUCUGGUUAUGACAAUCAACUGGGGCGUUCGCAUUCCAUCCAUUGACGACAAACUGUUCAAGGAGAUCGUCGCCGUCGAGGAGGAGCUCAAUCGAACCAGAUCAACAGUCGGCAAUGCUCAAGACCACAUACCCAUCCUGCGCCUUAAUCCAUUUAAUCCAACUUCGGCCAAAGCACGGAUUAUGAGAGAACGUCGCGACGAAUAUCUGGCCGAGCUAAGCAGCGAUCUCGCUAAGAAGAUGCAAGAAGGCUCCAACAAGCCAUGCAUACAAGCAAGCGUGAUCAAAUUCAAGGAAGUGGAACUCACGGAAACAGAAUUAACUGCCAUCAGUCUGUCUGUGCUAGGAGGCGGGUUUGAGACGGUAUCAAACACUAUGCAGUGGUCUAUUGCUUUCUUGGCUCAGCAUCAGGAUAUUCAAGACAAGGCGUAUGAGGAGAUAUGCAAGUUCCAGGGCUCCGACGAGCCGUUAUGCGACGCGUCCGACGAUCAGAAGUGCGGAUACAUAUUAGGUCUGGCGAAGGAAGCUCUGAGGUACUUUAGUGUGAUCCCAUUGGCUCUACCGAGAGAAACAAUCAAGGACAUUGAAUACGAAGGUGUAAGGAUUCCAUCAGGAAGUACUGUUUAUAUGAAUGCCUGGGCCUGUAAUCGCGAUCCUGAGUUGUUUCCCGAUCCAGACCGUUUUGAGCCGGAGCGGUGGUUCGCGCGACCGGAUGCCCCAGUCUUCGCCUUCGGGCUCGGCUAUCGAAUGUGUGCCGGACACCUCCUUACCAUGCGAGAGUUGUAUCUCAUAUUCAUGCGCCUGCUUAGUAGCUUCCGUAUCGAGACAUCGGAGAAGAUAGAUUGCGACCCCAGCAAGGACAUGAAGAUCCCCACGGACUUGAUAAUGGCACCACGCGCGUAUCGAGUCUCGUUCAAACCGCGCAAUGAGCGGAGGCUAGCUGAAUCCCUCGCCAACACGACAUGA